AUGGCGUCCCAAACUUCCCCGGACCCGCUGGACGUUCUACAGGCCAUGGUCGACGACGUCCUAGUUCACACUGGUAAAGCCCUCAGGGCCUCGCGUAAAGAUGUUCAGGGUAAUGCGCAGUCAAGCCAAGCGACACUCAAGUCCAAGUUGCCUGAGUCUAUUGAUGGCUUCCGAGAAGCCUUACACAAGUUGGAAUGGGAUAUUAUUGAUGCCAAAUCUGUCUUAAUGCGUGACAUCAAGAGGAUACAGGAGCAAAAGCAGAAGCAGCAGCAGAGCCAACAGAUCCUAAAACAGCAACCUGUUGUAGCACCUCAGCCCGUUGAGCCUCAGUCCAAGUCACCCAUGGUUAUUGACCUGGAGUCAUCACCACCUCCGCCUCCUCAGGACCAGCCCAUGACAGAACUCAAGGCCAAUAAACCAGUUGCCCCUUUUCCUGACAUGGGCAUGGGGCUCCCCGAUAUCGGCCAAUCUGACCAGGCGAUGAAGGAUGAAGCCAGCCAAAGCAUGGCUCCAACUACAGUUUCCGAGCAGCCCAAGGCGAAGGGCAGCGUCUCUCCAGCGCCUACUGCGACUGCUGCCGUCGCCCCUAUGGCCCCAAUGCCGGUCAUGGAACAAAAGUCAUUAGACAACCACAACAGUGACGUGAUGGACCUUACCGCUGAUGGACCUCACUCAGAAUUAAAUUUUACAAAUAUGCAGUUUACGUUGGCGCCGACGAAUAACGACUCGCAAGAUCCAUCUACCACGCAGGAGACAUCGUUUGAUCUGGCAACAUUUGCUCCUCCUGAGGGUAAUGAUGAUAUCCUGGGUCUCGACGACCUCUUACCAACCAACAACAAUCCACCGGCAAAUAUGUCUCAGUUGCCUGCCGGCUCUGAUGCAAAUGCGGUCAAGCAGGAGCCUGCCAUGAAUACAGACAAUCAAGGGCCAUCACAGGGGAUGUCCAAUGAAAAUUUUGGCUCGGUCUUUGACGACGAAAUAUUUAACAACCUUGGUACAGGCGGUGGUGGUCUUGCCGACGGAACAGGCGACGCUACUUACGAGGAUCUCAUCAGGGGCGACGAUGAUACCAACUUCAACUACAUGGAAAACAGCGAAUUUGACGCCCAAUACUUUUUCGGUGAGGGGUAA